CAAUACGUAACGGAUUAAAACGGACAAUAUCUAUUAGUGGUGGGCUUGGACUGUUACAAAUGGUACCUGAGCUAGAAACCAAGCAGUAUGUCAGUGAAGACGUUGGGCCCCCAAAGGGAGAGAGUGGAUUAUAAGAUUUCACAUCUGUUGAAGAGGAAACUGAAGCAUUCCUUAUAAAGAGUAUGGAAACCUCUCCCUAGUGACGCGUUUUAAAAUCGUGAGGUUGACAACAAUACGUAACGGGCUAAGCGGAUAAUAUCUGUUAACGGUGGAUUUAGACUAUUACAUUAGGUGAAGGCCAAGAUUCAUAAUCCGAGGAUGAUCAUAGGAUGAUCCAAAUCUUUCUGAGCUGUUUCAAAGUCAAAAGAGUUUGAACAGAUCGUACCUAAGUUUUAAUAUUCAAUGAGAAACGAGCCAAGUCAGCGACUCAUGAAUAUUAUCGAUGAUCCAUCCUUUACCUCUGCUAGAUUCUCAUUACUCUGUCGGGCAUCAGCAGUCUUCUCCCUAGCAGAUAAGCCGUGGGUACCUCUUGGCCACUUGACUGACAUGAAUGCUUGACUUAUCUGCAGCAAUCAGGCCCACAAAAUUUAGACUUCCCAAGUCCAAGAGUGAAGUCAAAUCUCAAAAGUAAGCAUCCAUGUCCAUAUUUUGGAGUGUUUGGUUUCUGGAUUUUGCAAACCCUGAGAAGAACAAAGGACAACCCAUUUCACUCCACACAAAGCUUCUCUGUUUCCUUCUGCUGUAAUUUUCAAAUCAUCACAUCCUCAAAAUGAAGAUCGUUCUCCUUUUCAAACUGGGUCAUCAUAUUUAAGCUUCACAAAACCAGAGACCACAAAAUGAAGUACAAAACGCAGCAUUUACAUACGAUCACAAGAAAAAAACCUAUGAAGACAGGAACAGGACAUCCCAACAGAGAUUGAAUGAAGAUAUCCCAGCCAAGGCCCCUUCUCGUGAAUGUAUUUGCAAAAGAUGGUUGGUCAGGGAAGGCUCUCCUGCACAGGAAGGGCCUCGAAAAGGGAAGAAGAAGAGCAAUAAAGUGAGCCAUUAGCAGACAUGUUGGCCCCUUCCCGUGACAUUAUUUCCUCAACUUGGUUGAAAAAAGAGAUUUUUUUAUGUAUAAGAACGAAGCCAACAAAUACGUAGAAAAGUCCAGAAGAGGAAACAAAGCCAUGGAAAAUUAGUUUAAUUCACAAUUUGGUUGGCCUGAAAACUUUGAAUUAAAUACGAAAGAAAGAGAAGUCAGCAACCGACUGUAGCUUUUGGAUUAUUGGAAGGGCAGGUUGGACAAGUGUAAACAGGGUGGAGAAGACCAAAAACAUUUGAUGGGUCACGAGGAUGAAUCAUGAUUUAGGUGAAAAGGGGUCGAGAAAGCUUUAUUGAAUUAGAUUUUUGAGUUUCCAUUGAAGGGAGCAAAUAGAAAGCUUCAAAAGCUGUAAGCCGAGCCUUUCACAUGCUUUGCUUCCUUCGCUUGAGAGUGUGAAAAGAAACAGGGACCAGUCUGGCCAUUAAUGCAGAGCUCCCCCCAUCUCAAAUCUUCCUUCCAUUGAACCUUCUGAGAGUAUUGGGAAAACAGAGCAAUACUCUGUUUCAGACCUUGUUUUUUUUUUGCUUAUACGAGAAGAAAAAUUGCUAAAGCUCUGAAAGUUGUGGUGUUUCUUUGCUUCUUAUAAUGGGUGUCUGCUUAAGUACCAGAAUCAAAGCUGAAAACUCAUGUAAUACAGGGGUGAACUCUAAUGCUGUGAGUACUGAUGGAAACGAUAUCGGUAGUAGUAUAACGAGCAAGAUAUCGUUAUCGUCGAUGCCACUGACUCCACGAACCGAAGGCGAAAUCUUGCAGUCGUCCAAUUUGAAGAGCUUCAGCUUCGCCGAGCUUAAGGUAGCGACGAGGAACUUUCGACCGGAUAGUGUGGUUGGAGAAGGAGGUUUUGGUUCAGUUUUCAAAGGUUGGAUUGAUGAGCAUUCCUUUACUGCUGCCAAGCCUGGCACAGGAAUGGUUAUUGCAGUCAAAAGGCUUAACCAUGAUGGUUUUCAAGGUCAUAGAGAGUGGUUGGCCGAAGUGAAUUUUCUAGGCCAACUUUCUCAUUGUCACCUUGUGAGGUUGGUCGGCUACUGCUUGGAAGACGAGCAUCGUUUGCUCGUUUACGAAUUCAUGCCUCGAGGGAGCUUGGAAAAUCAUUUGUUUCGAAGGGGAUCCUAUUUUCAACCUCUUUCAUGGAGCCUGCGCUUGAAGGUUGCACUUGGUGCUGCAAAAGGGCUUGCCUUUCUCCACGGUGAUGACCGAAAAGUGAUCUACCGCGACUUUAAGACAUCGAACAUCUUGCUCGACUCGAAAUACAAUGCCAAACUCUCUGAUUUUGGGUUGGCUAAAGACGGGCCAACCGGCGAUAAAAGCCACGUCUCGACUCGGGUGAUGGGUACGUAUGGAUAUGCAGCCCCGGAGUAUCUGGCCACAGGUCAUCUAACUACUUGGAGUGAUGUCUAUAGCUUCGGAGUUGUCCUACUAGAAAUACUAUCUGGAAGAAGAGCAAUAGACAAGAAUCGACCGGCUAGAGAACACAACCUUGUGGAAUGGGCAAAACCUUACCUUGCAAACAAACGUAAAAUUUUUCGAAUAAUCGACAGUCGUCUCGAGGGCCAAUAUUCAUUGGAUGGAGCCUACAAAGCAUCUACCCUAGCUCUACGAUGCCUAUCCAUUCAACCCAAACUUAGACCAAACAUGAAUGAUAUUGUAAAAGAACUCGAGCAUCUACAAGAUUCCACACUCCCUACCAGCAACAGGAACUCAACCAAUAAUCGUCGUGCUCGUAGGCAUAGCGCCGAUGAUUCCCAUAAGCCAAAUAGCGUUCAAGCAUACCCCCGACCUUCUGUUUCAACACUCCACACAUAAGAUGAUGAUCACGCAACUAGAUUGAGACAGUUUGUAGCAAAAUCGAGGAAUUUAGUAAAUGCAUUCUAAUCUAUAGGAAUUGUACAGUUUUUAUA